AUGGAAGCUCUACAGCACAAACUGAACGAUGCCGAGGGUAAAAAGGAACACGCAGAAUCACAAUUCCAGAAACUAUUAGAACGUGUCAAUACGAUCAAGUCGCAGCUAGGUGAACGACUCAAGGAAGACGCUGAGGAACUUGCUCAAGCUAGAUUAAAAAUCGGGGAGCUGGAAGAACAGAACGCGGCGUUGAAAGAUAAUUUUCAGGGGAAGUGCUCUGAGCUGGCAGAGCUCUCGGAAGCGAAUGAACACAAGUCGAAGGAGAUCUUAACAUUACGAGACCGGACGAACUUGUCACAGCAGAACUGGCUGAAGGAGAAGGAAGAACUAUUCGAACAACAAUCAUAUCUUCAAUCUGAAUUCGAGCAAGCUAAGGAGGCUAUGCACAACUGGGAAGUUCUUGCUAUGGAAGAGCGGUCCAUCAGGGAAACCCUAGGUGAGAAAGUCGUAGACCUUGAGGAGCAGCUUGCUAGCCUCAGAGAUGCCUAUGAAAGAACAUCCGAUGAGCGCGAUUCUCAAUUAUCCGCUGUGGACGGGCUACAGCGAGCCCUGCAGGAAAUCCAGACAGCUCGCCGAAAAGAACUUCGUGAGCUCGUAGAGAGCUCUGACUCUCAACUCGAAGAGCUAAAACAAGCCCUUCAUUGUGCAGAGAAAAAGGCGUUGGACGCUGAUAAAGCUCUCGGAAGUGCCCAGAAAGAACUGGAGCGAGUGAGGCCGUUUGAAAAAGAAGUAAAGGAAAAGAACCUCCUCAUUGGUAAACUUAGACAUGAGGCUGUGACGCUGAACGAUCACUUGACUAAGGCCUUGAGAUUUCUCAAAAAAGGGAAGCCUGAGGACAACGUUGACAGGCAUAUUGUGACGAACCACUUUCUGCAUUUUCUUGCUCUUGAUCGGUCAGACCCAAAGAAAUUUCAGAUAUUGCAACUUAUUGCAGCUCUUUUAGGUUGGACAGAUGAACAGCGUGAACAGGCCGGUCUAGCACGCCCAGGAACCUCAAGUACCUCCAACAAGCUUAGAGUCCCAAGUACACCUAUCCAUCGUACCCCUAGCACCCCAACUCUGGCUACUGAAUUCUUAGAUAAUGGGAACUCAAACAAGGAGUCGCUGGCGGAGCUUUGGAAUAUACACAACCAAAGCCUUGAAAGCCGUGUCUUAUCUACAUACGUUGCUGCUCACAUAUACUAUGUCAAGGACUUCAGUUGUUUCCUGUUUGUGGUGUUUGCCGUAGUUCUGUGGUCACCGCCUUUACAUAAUUUAUCUUCUGACUCAAAACGCGGCAAUUCUUUAGGGUCUUCUAGCCUUCCUUUUCCCUGUGGCUUCCUGUUUAUGCAAGGCUUUUCAAAGUCUCGUAUAACCUUGCAUAUUUACAGUGGACGUUUCCAGUUGUUCACUCGCCGCUCAGUAUUGACAAUGUCAACCACUGCUGGAUCCCUGCAAAAGUUUCGCCCAGUAGUGGUAUCGGGCCCCUCUGGUGCUGGGAAAUCAACUCUACUCAAACGACUGUUUGCUGAUUAUCCCGAUACCUUUGGGUUUUCUGUUUCGCACACCACCAGAGCUCCACGACCGGGUGAGCAGCAUGGGCGCGAAUAUUAUUUCACAACCAAAGCGGACUUCCUGGACCUUGUGAGCAAAAAUGGGUUCAUUGAACAUGCGCAGUUUGGAGGGAACCACUAUGGUACCAGUGUCCAGGCCGUGAAAGAUAUUGCCAAGAAGGGUAGGAUUUGCAUCCUCGACAUUGAGAUGGAGGGCGUGAAGCAAGUGAAGCGUACUGACCUGAACGCUCGCUUUAUGUUUCUCGCGCCGCCGUCGGUUGAAGAGCUAGAACGGAGAUUGCGAGGUAGAGGCACUGAGUCCGAAGAGAGCUUGAGUAAACGCUUAGCACAGGCCAAAAAUGAACUCGAGUAUGCUAAGGAGCCCGGCGCACAUAACAAGAUAGUCGUCAAUGAUGAUUUGGAAAAAGCCUAUACUGAGUUGAGGGACUGGAUUGUCGACGAUGGUAGAUUCGGCGCUGAGCAAUAA